GCAUCUCGCUCUGGCGGUGGCCGCUUGCGUUCAUGCGCGCCGCCGGCAGGACGGCCCUCCCCGUGACGUGACCGCCCACUCGGAGCGCUCCGCCUGUAGCUUGCCUGUCUCUCCCGCUCCCACCAUCCGGCGUGAUGGCCGCCGCCGCCGGGGUGUCUGGCGCUGCUUCUCUCUCCCCACUGCUGUCCGUGCUCCUGGGCCUGCUGCUCCUCUUUGCUCCGCACGGCGGCAGCGGCCUACACACGAAGGGUGCCCUUCCCUUGGACACAGUCACUUUCUACAAGGUCAUUCCCAAAAGCAAGUUCGUCUUGGUGAAGUUCGACACCCAGUACCCCUAUGGAGAGAAGCAAGAUGAGUUCAAGCGUCUGGCUGAGAACUCAGCCUCCAGCGAGGAGCUCUUGGUGGCAGAGGUGGGGAUCUCAGACUAUGGCGACAAGCUGAACAUGGAGCUGAGUGAGAAGUACAAGCUGGACAAGGAGAGCUACCCAGUCUUCUACCUAUUCCGGGAUGGGGACUUGGAGAACCCUGUGCUGUACAAUGGGGCAGUUAAGGUUGGAGCCAUCCAGCGCUGGCUAAAGGGGCAGGGGGUCUACCUGGGCAUGCCUGGGUGCCUGCCUGCAUACGAUGCCCUGGCAGGCGAGUUCAUCAAGGCCUCCAGCAUAGAGGCCCGACAGGCCAUCUUGAAACAGGGACAGGAUGGCCUCCUAAGUGUGAAGGAAACAGAGAAGAAGUGGGCUAGCCAAUACCUGAAGAUCAUGGGGAAGAUCCUGGACCAAGGUGAGGACUUUCCAGCCUCUGAGAUGGCCCGGAUCGGUAAGCUGAUAGAGAACAAGAUGAGUGACAGCAAGAAAGAAGAGCUACAGAAGAGCUUAAACAUCCUGACGGCCUUCCGGAAGAAGGAGGCUGAGAAGGAGGAGCUGUGACCAAGCACAAGGGUUCCCCAGGGUUUGCCAGGGGCAGGAAAGGAGAGAUCUACCUGCCAGCUGUGGGACCCCUGUGGGUGGAAGGGGCAGUGGAGCAAUGCAGGCCUGAGCCAGAAGUCUGUGCCCCGAGUGUGCCUGGACAUUGAUGCUGCUGAGAUCAUACUUAGGACACCCCCUGAGCCAGUCUGUGGAGAGCCUGUGUGCUCAGUCAAGAUGGCUGGUGAGAUGCCCCCCGCAGGAGUUGGUGCUAUAGAGGUAGGGACUACUGCCAGGUCCUUGAUGAGUGUAAUUCUGAUCAAAUAAAAAGUCUGUUUUGGUUA